CCACGAGCGUCUUCUACUUCCGGUGGUGAAAUGGUGGACCUUUCACAAAUUAUGCAAUUCACCCUCCUGUCAUGUCAUGUAGCUCCAAACAGAAUAUGUGGCGGAUUCAGUUCGUAGUUCCGGUGAAUCACACACACUCGCCUGUUCAAUUCUAUAAAUCAAUUUCAAAAUUUCCGCCAUUUUCUUCUCCAAUUGGUUAUGGGGAGCUCUGCAGUUUACUCCGCUGUAGUCUCCCCAUCUUCACGAGCCUCCUUACACUUCAAAUUCCGUCCAUUGCCCCUCAUUUGCCCCACCGCAAAACGCACCUUUCUUCCCCUCCUCCGAUCAUUACCACCACCAAUCACCUCCACUCCUCACCGUCUCUUCCUCUUCACCACCUCCAAUCCCUCCAUCCUUACUCCACUCCCGAAACCCAUCAGACCCUUUUCAGCAUCGUCGUCGAAUGAUGACAAAUCGAUCAUAGAAUCCCCAAAAUUCCAAUUACAAGGCGCAAAGAUCGUACCUUUAGUAGUCUCACUAGGAGUUGGCUUAAUUGUACGUUUCUUCAUCCCACAACCUGAUGAAGUCACGCCUGAAGCAUGGCAACUCUUCUCUAUAUUCCUCUCCACCAUCGCCGGGCUCGUUUUAUCGCCAUUGCCAGUCGGCGCUUGGGCUUUUCUAGGCCUCACCACCACCAUCGUAACCAAAACCUUAUCAUUCUCAACGGCGUUCAGUGCUUUCACCAAUGAAGUAAUUUGGUUGAUUGUGAUUUCCUUCUUUUUCGCUCGUGGGUUCGUUAAGACUGGAUUAGGUGAAAGAAUCGCCACCUAUUUCGUCAAAUGGUUAGGGAAGAGUACAUUAGGGUUGUCUUACGGAUUGACGUUAAGCGAGGCUCUGAUUGCUCCGGCGAUGCCUAGUACCACCGCCAGGGCCGGUGGCGUUUUCUUGCCGAUUAUUAAGUCGUUGUCUCUGUCAGCCGGGAGUAAACCCAAUGACCCCUCUUCGAAGAAGCUUGGUUCUUAUCUCAUUCAGUCACAGUUCCAGUGUACUAGUAAUUCUAGCGCUCUUUUCCUCACCGCCGCCGCACAAAAUCUCUUAUGUCUGCAAUUAGCGGCGGAACUCGGGGUGGUGGUCGCAGACCCAUGGCUUUCUUGGUUCACGGCGGCGAGUGUACCUGCUUUUUCUUCUCUUCUUCUUACUCCAUAUAUAUUAUACAAAAUUUACCCUCCGGAAACCAAAGAUACACCAGAAGCCCCUGCCAUGGCUGCCAAAAAGCUCGAGCUUAUGGGUCCAAUCACAACUAAUGAAUGGGUGAUGAUCUUCACCAUGCUUCUUGCUGUCUCUCUAUGGGUAUUUGGGGAUGCAAUAGGGAUAUCAAGUGUUGUAACAGCAAUGCUGAGUUUAUCAAUACUUUUGUUGUUAGGAGUGCUUGAAUGGGAAGACUGCUUGAAUGAAAAAUCGGCAUGGGACACUUUGGCUUGGUUUGCAGUGCUUGUGGGCAUGGCUAGUCAAUUGACCAACUUUGGAUUAGUAACAUGGAUAUCAAAUUAUGUUGCUAAUUCUCUGCAAUCUUUCUCAUUAAGUUGGCCUUUAGCUUUUUGUGUUCUUCAAGCAGCUUACUUCUUGAUUCACUACAUGUUUGCAAGUCAAACAGGUCACGUGGGAGCCUUAUAUUCCGCUUUUCUAGCCAUGCACUUGGCAGCCGGGGUGCCUGGGGUGAUGGCUGCACUUGUUCUUGCUUUUAAUACAAACUUAUUUGGCGCUUUAACACAUUAUAGUAGCGGCCAGGCUGCCGUCUACUUUGGAGCUGGUUAUGUAGACCUCCCGGAUAUAUUCAGAAUUGGGUUUGUUAUGGCGUGUGUUAAUGGUGUGAUAUGGGGGGUUGUUGGCGGUUUUUGGUGGAAGUUUUUGGGGCUAUAUUGAUUCUCAAGUUCAAUGUAACUAUGUAAGUAGAUAUUUUUGUUUUGUAUAUAUGUAUUUGUUUCCGUUGGUCAGAUGGAAUGGAACGACGAAAAAAUGGAAUGGACAAAAUAAAAGAAUAAACAAGGUAAUGAAACGAGUCAUUACAUUUCAUGGUCA